CUCCUCUCUCUCUCUCUCUAGGGCUUCAGCAAUUCAUUUCCUCUCUCUAAAACAACCCUUCGCCAUUUCACCACCAUGAAAUCCAGAGUUCAAAGCAGCGCUCCGAGAUCACCACCUUCAACGCCGUCGUUUCACACAUACCUGAAGCCCGGAGCCCUUGCCCAGCUCAGAUACUCGAAGAUCACCGCUAGAUCUAAGAAAAUCGGCGCCCAGACUAUGCUGGCGCUGUGUCAACUCAAAUUGAGUUCGGUAUCGGCGUCUUCACAGGCGCGUUCGACCAGCUUAGCCAUGGAUGGGAUUCCUUGCUUCGGUUUGAGGGUUAAGAGUUAUCCUUGCUGCCUUCAGCGCAAGAAACUCACUGCUGUUACGCCGUUUUUCUCUGAGACUCAGUCCUGAUCUGCCUUGUAAUUGUAGUUGAUCAUCGAUGUAGAUCAAAAAUCCCCCAAAAAAGUGUGUAGAGAUUCUCGUUUUAGUUUCUGAUUUUUAGGUGUAUUUUAUUGUAAUUGAUACACAAGGGUUUGACAGAUUUUUCAUGCGAAUAAAACGAGACAAUUACUCUUUUA